CUUUUAGCCUCAGCAGCACAACUUCCGGGUUGAAACGCCGUAUUCGCCGCUUGCAUAUUUUGUUUAGGACGAACACCUCGGCCAAGUUUACCUUGGAAAAUGUCCCGAGGCUCAAGUGCAGGGUUUGAUCGCCACAUUACCAUCUUCUCUCCUGAAGGAAGGCUUUAUCAAGUCGAAUAUGCAUUCAAGGCUAUCAAUCAAGGUGGACUCACGUCUGUCGCCGUCCGUGGGAAGGACUGUGCCGUUGUUGUCACACAGAAAAAAGUACCGGACAAGCUUCUGGAUUCGGCCACAGUGACCCACCUUUUCAGAAUAACAGAUAACAUUGGAUGUGUAAUGUCCGGAAUGACAGCUGACAGCAAGUCCCAAGUCCAGCGCGCCCGCUACGAGGCAGCCAACUGGCAGUACAAGUACGGCUAUGAGAUCCCAGUGGACAUGCUUUGUAAAAGACUUGCAGACAUCUCUCAAGUCUACACGCAGAAUGCUGAGAUGCGACCACUGGGCUGCUGUAUGAUUGUGAUCGGUGUAGACGCGGAAUGCGGUCCCCAGGUCUACAAAUGUGACCCAGCUGGCUACUAUUGUGGCUUCAAAGCCACUGCGGCUGGGGUGAAGCAAACAGAAGCCACCAGCUUCCUGGAGAAGAAGGUGAAAAAGAAAUUGGAUUGGACCUUUGAGCAAACUAUCGAGACGGCUAUUUCCUGUCUGUCGACUGUGCUCUCCAUUGACUUCAAGCCCUCUGAGCUUGAGGUGGGCGUGGUCACAACGCAAGAUCACAAAUUCAGGAUUUUGACAGAGGGCGAAGUGGAUGUUCACCUGAUGGCCCUGGCCGAGCGAGACUGAGCGAGAAAACAAAUUGACCCCUGUUUGAAUUUAAUUUGAGCAUGAUGCAGUUCUUACAUAAAGACUGGCGUUCUAUUGGUUUGCUGUACAUUUCCCCCCUUCUGAUACAUUCAACAAUAAAAAA